GUUCUGUGCAUGUAUGAUCAUGGGAUCAAGUGUUAGAAGUGUUAGAAGGCCAGGGGCACAUCAAGGGUGUCAGAGCUGGUAUUCAAACCCACAUCCUCUGAUAACAGGUCCAAUGCUCACGCCCUAUUGUUUUCCAGAUGCGUUGCAUGGUCCUAAACCCUGUCAAAUGGAUCAACAGCAGAAAUGGAUAUGUUGUGGGGGGGGGAGGGUUAUCAACAGAAAUAUCAUUAAUGAAGGCCCAUUGCCAUCUGUUUUACCAUUGCAUCCCAAGGACUAUCUGACUUGCUGCUGAAUCCUCCUGUGUGUGUGUUGUCUCCCACUAUUAGAAUGUAAAUUCUGUUAGAACAAUGACUGUCUUGCUUCUCUUUUUGUGUCCCCAGUAAGUGUCUAACAGAGGCUUUUUUCAUUCAUUCAUCUAGCCAUCCAGUCAUUCACUACAGUUAGAAUACCAGACUUGGGAAUUAGGAAUAUCUGUCUUCAUAUUCUGUCUCAGACUUGAUAGAUAGUUUGAUCAUAGGCAAAUAAGUCAUUUAACUUCUGUCAGAACCAAUUUUUUCAUCUGUAAGAUGGGAGUAUUAUUUGUAGUGCUUCCUGUGUAAGGUUGUGACAAGGAUAAAAUGUUUGUAAAAUGCUUUGCAAACCAGAAGAUGCUAUAUAAAAUUUUUAUAUGGUGGUUUCUUUUAUACUAGUCUUUCUGACUCCAUGUCUCCGUUGUCUGUACCCAUGUGUAUCCCCUGAAAGCAGAGCUAGAACAAAGACAUGGAUUGUUAAGUAAGGUUGGGAUAAAGGAAUGUUCCAGGACAGAGGGGGUCUGAUGAAGUCAAGAUUUGCACCACACCUUGAUGGAAAACAAGGUACCUGGCUGAGCGAGCCCGGGUCCCCAGCCUUGGUCCUUCUUUCUCUCCACAGAAUGUUGCCCAGAGAGGGAGCCGUGGAAAGUGAGGCCCUUCCUGCCAAGGAGAAGCCUUCAGAAGUGGGGGUCCGCCGGAAUGACUGCAUCAUCUGCUAUUCCUCCUACGACCUGGCGGGCCGCCUGCCACGCCGUCUCUACUGCGGCCACACUUUCUGCCAGGCCUGUGUGCGGAGACUAGACACGCCAGCCCAUGAACAGCGAUGGAUCCCCUGCCCCCAGUGCCGCCAGAGCACGCCCACCCCACGAGGCGGCGUGGCCAUGCUGGACCUCGAUCUGGCAGCCUUCCUGGCUGUGAAGGCAGAGCGAGAGCCCCCGCGGGGAGAGCCCUGGCCCCCCACUUCCCACAAAGGCAGUCCCCCCAAGCCCGGCUCGGCCAUCACCCAGCAGCCCGCCAGCCCUUGUCCAGCCCUGGGCCCGCAGCCUAGCUUCCCCCGGCAGGGCUGCUGCUGGGGCUGUUGCCUAGGCUGUGAGCCUGAGGGCACCCCUGAAGUCUAAGUCCUGGACAUGAGGUGCCUAGCCACCAACCGAAUCCUGCCACGAAGCAGCCGCUCACCACAGGACCCAGGCAGUCUUCCCUGGAAGCCCAGGUCCCUCUUCUCCGUCUGGGCCCUGGUUACAUCCUGUGGCACAGCUCAUCGCCGGUCCCUUGCCCUUCUCUCUGGGCCCCAACUCCAUGCCAGUUGCUACUCACUUCUCAAUGAUGACUCACCUUCCUGGGCUCCCUACUAGGAUCCUGAGUUGGGUUUGCUUGGAGGGUUCUGGUUCCCCAAGGUGGCAAAGGGCCUCUGGCUGCCAGAACCCAUAAUGGCUCCCGAGGAAACGCAGACCCUGGAACUGAAGUCCCUGGAAGAGAUAGAACUCUGGAGCGGGAAGCCCGAACUCAAACCCCAUACUACCUAUAUUAAAGGCUAUAUUGGCUUGUGCCCCAGGAGAGGCCAUUUCCAGAUCAUCAGGGAGGGGUAUCUAGGACCAGGACUGAGACCCCUAUAGUUUGGUAUACUGCACAGAGGCUGUGUUUACAACCAUUUGUUCUGCUGGGAUUUUUUUGUCUUGUUUUGUUUUUUUACUAAAGUGUGACUAUCUGCUCUGGUCUCUGUCCCCCAUCUGCAUAUUUUCCUGAAGUCACAAAGUUUGUCUCUAACUGACUGAGGAUCCUUCUGGCCCCAGGGUCACCUAUCAGAGCUCUUUUCCCCUCAUGCAGGGAACAAGAUAGGGGAAAGCCAUGAAUGACCCCUUCAGGUCAGAAGCUGCUCUCCCAUCCCAGGCCUGGAAUAUCACCUUGAACUAUAGACACUGACCCCUUGGACCCUGAUUCCUAAAUGAUCCUCAGACACUGGGGCUUCUCAGAAAGUGAUUCGGGGUGCUGAUCCCAAGUAGGACUUUUAGUCAAUUCCUGUAUUGUCCAGAAGGGGAUAGUGCUCCCUCUCUUUUGGCAGUUUUCUUUGAACCUAGGUCCCAAGAUGAUGCCCUAAGCUGCUUGGUUGUGGAGGGGAGGGGAAGGCAUCCAAGGGAAUGUGCUGACCCAAGAGGGACACAGAUCUGCCUCACCCACCAAGUCCAAAGUCUCAUAUGCCCACAGGGAACAUGCAGAGAAUGGGGACUCCCCACAGGUUGGCCCCCUGGGGAGUACGUCUAAACCUGACCCUGGCAUGGGGGGUGCUUAGCCAUUGAUCCUGCUGCCCCAGAUGGGGGACUCAUCUGGGAGGGGCUGGUCUCUAGAAAAGGGAGCACCAGAGAUAGUGCCCCAAGAGCACAAGGGGGGGGGUCUAUAACAAGGCCCACAGCCAGUCUUAGUCAGAAUUCUGUUUGUAACUAGGGUAAGAGCUCAGUCUACAGUCAGGGUUCCAAAUCAGUCAGUGGCUGAUCUCAAGGCUCAGUUUGGGACCAAAGUUAAGUACAGAAUCAAAAAAAAUACUUGGGAUAUUAGAGACCGUCCCAUUCCUUCUCCAAGGAUUUCAUUCUAACCAUGGUUCGACAAGACCUCACUCUAAAUCUAAUAUUGACUCCGUUGAUGACUUGUUAAACCUAGUCUUGCCCCCAUUCCGGAAACAGAUAUUUAACUCGAUUUUCUUUUCCUCUACCUUUUCCUUAUCCAAACCCUGACUCAUUCUUUUUAUAAAAUUAGUUAAUUUUUAA